UGUGAAACCAGGUAGAAGCUUGCACCUACCGCCAUGGACGCGCUCCACCGCCAGGCCGUUCUGGACUGCUCUGACGACAUCGCCCGGGACAUGGACCCUGUGCUAGUCCUGCGGUACAGCACUGUGGCCUGGCGGGACGGAGACCGAGGGUUCAUCAGGGCCAAGGCGAGGACCGAGGGCCCUCACGCCGGGGCGAGGGCGCUGCUGGACAAACUCAUUAAUUUGCCCACCGACGGUUUCGAUGACUUUGUCCAAGGUCUGAGGGAAGUCCCGUACCAUCACCUGGUGACGCAACUCCUGGAGAAGAGGGAGCGUCUUAAGGCGGCAGUGGAAAGGGGGGAGAUAAGGAGGAGAGAUCUUGGAUGGCGUCCGGAAGAUGUCACCAGAUGGACCAGAAUCAGAACGGGAUCCUUGGGCAUCCUGAUGACGUGUUUCGCGAUCUGUGUUGGACUGUACACUAUGGUUCAUUACGGUUCCAAAAUAAACGAACCAACCCUAGCCAUCUUCCCCCGGCGUCUGAAGACAUUCGUGGGGCGAGAAGACGUCUUCAGCAGGAUCGACACCUGUCUUCAGGAGAACCAGACCUGUCUCCUCAAGGGGCUGGGCGGCGUCGGGAAGACGUCAGUAGCCAUCGAGUACGGGCACAGGCGGGCGGAGAGGUACCCUGGCGGGGUGUUCUGGGUCAGGUUAGCGAGCAAACAGGACCUGUGCGCCAGUAUCAGUCAGUAUAGCUCAUACAUCAGCGAUUAUUUCCAGCUGAACAAGGAUCUGAGUUGUAAGGCUACGAAGAUGUACCUUAGACGGUACAUAGCAAAUUCACAAGGUUGGCUUAUGGUAGUUGAUGAGGCAGUUCCAGAGACCAUGGAAGAACUUGAGUCCCUACUGCCUCACACCUUCAAGGCAACCAUGCAUGUUCUGCUGACCUCUAACGAAUAUCAAAGACUCGAUAACGAGCAGAUUUCAGUGGUCGAUCUCCCUCCGUUCAGUGAAGCUGAGGCUCAGGCCAUGUUUAACAUUACCGUGAGACUCAGCAGUCAGGCCGAUAGGAAGGAGAUCAAACGUCUCAGCCGAUCCCUGGGACACCACCCUCUGGCACUGCAGUUAGCGUUUUCAUUUAUAGCAGCAACUGGCUGCUCUGUCAAGGACUACCAUGACAAAUAUAUUGGAUCCAGUAGGAGGGUAGACUUGCUCGAUAAGUCAGAUAUUCAAAAGGUUGCAAAAAAGAGGAUACGGCAAACAUUGGACCCACAUAUUCAUACUCUUGACCAGUUGUCACCCAGCAUCGCAAAGCUUUUAAACAUGACAGCGUUUAUGGGCCCAGACUGUAUCCCAUGCCCCCGGCCUGACAGUCCAGGCUUCGGUAAACUGUUCCCCACUUCAGGGCCGCUGGACAAACUAGAUGUGCUGGAAAUGGUGGCAAUACUAGAGACACUCUCCCUGGCCACCGAUUGUAGUGCCUUUGACCCAUGUGCUUUCAGUGUGAACAGGAUAGUUCAGGAGGUGGUUGUGGCACAGAUGAACGAAUCUAUGAGAGUAGCACAUCUAGAAAACGCAUUAAACUAUUCCACAUUGUUACUAAGGCGUAGUGAUGCCGCAUCAGGAGCCCAGGCAGAGAUCCUGAUGUCCCAUGUGCACCAUCUGGCCGUGAAAAUCGAGAAAUACCAAACAAAUGUAUCAAUUUCCAGUUCAUCUACAUUCUUGAAUAAGUCCGCUGAGUUUUUCUGCCGACGAGGUGCGUGUGAGGAGGCUUACAUUUUCAUCCAGGCUCAAAUUUUACUGCUUUCCAGACAUAAAUCUAUCCAGGACCUUUCCUGUCACCUUCGUGACCAUGUGUACUUUCUAAACAACACCCUGCUGCCUUGUUUGUAUAAAAGUGAUGCACCCACCACUUUACUGAUAGAUAUAGCCGACAACCUGUAUUUGCAAGCAAAUAAGCUGGAACACCUGCAUCCCUCGCCCAAUCCUGCAGAUUCAUGUCAUCUGGAUGAGGUCCUGACGGCAGUGGAAGACAUGUUUCUUUCCAUUUACUCGAGAAUUCUCCAAGAUGGAAACUCAAACACGUGCAAUCACGGCCUUGUUGUGUCAUAA